AUGGCUGAUAAAACCUCGGUCGUUGGCCUAGGCAUUGUCAUGUCUAAAAGAGAAGUUGCUGAUCCUGAAGCGUCUACUUCAUCCAAAAAUCUGGUGAUUGUUCUCCAACAUACGGACUAUGAUCCUGUGGCUAAAGCUCAGGUUCAGUUCAACACUCAGUACAUCAUCGGUGGUAGGAAAAACUUAGCCAACACCUUCGGCCUGUUCCAACUCGGUAGAGAGAUAUUAAUUUCUGGACACAUUACAGGAUAUGAACACGCUCAAUUUAUGUGGAUUGCGAUUUCCGUGUCAGUCACUGUUGGACAUCAAUCUGUCAACAGCCAGGCUCUCAUUACCAGUCAAGUCGGCGAGGCAAAGCCGAGGCGUCCAGGAUUAAUAAGUGUCGGUGAAGAUUUGUCUCAACCUCAGGCUGAGGUGAUUGUUGAUACACAAAUCUUAGGCAGUUCGAGUGGUACUGUUGAAGGACUCGAUGUUGGUCCUGUCCACAAUGAAGGCCAAAACUCAAGCAACAGUGUCAAUUAUUACGAUAACGUUGCUUUGACAUCGGGCAAAAAAAGGACUAAAAAAGAGAUCUUGGCCGACGCAAAGCGGGCCAAGCUUAACAUGAGCUCUGUCUGA